AUGAAUAACGAAACGAGACUAAAUCCUUCUGACCGACCGCCCGCCUACGAAGAUAUAGAAUCGCACCACUACGAACGAUCCACACCAGAGCCAUUACCUCAUGCCCACCCUCGACUUCAAUCCCAAUCAACUCCAUAUCUUCAUCUUACCGCACAACUUCCUCCGCCAGUCCUUUCCGAUAUAACCCUAGAUGGCACCUUAAUUUAUCCAACGACACCACCAGCCACUGCCCUCUAUGCGAUCUCCAAUAACCUCAACUUGGACUACAGUACAAUAUCAGUAUCCCGGCUGGAGCCCCGACGCUCCAGCACCGGCGGCCUUAGUCCAAACCUCAACCCGCGGGAUAAGAUCAUCUAUAAAUUCACACGUCCAGUGAUGUCUGAGACGGUGGAAAUUAUCGGCCAACGCCGCAGCACCCUGCCCGGAAUUCUACUACUGAAAUCCACCCGACAGCUGCUGAAGACGGGAUGGGCGUUAUGGCAUGUGUAUAAGAACACGGAGUCGAUGGUGUUUCGUGUAAAGCCGAAGCGGAAUCCGGAGAAGCAUGAAGUGCUGGAGUGGCAGGAUGGGUGUGGAACUACCGUUGCGAUUGAGACUUUGGCCACCGAUCUGGACGAUGUUCAGCGUGAUCGUAGUCGAGCACGGCGGCCACGAUUGCAAAUUGUCUCUGCUACGCCGCUAGAUGAUAUAAUGACGGAUGUCCUGGUGACGGCGUGGUGUGCGCGGAUUUGGAUUACGUUUUAA